CUCCCUCUACUAGGUAUCCUACAGAUACUUUAUAAGUCACCGCCUCCCCACACGGCGAAUUCUAUUCCAAUUCCUUUGCCCCUCUUGCUCGUCCAUUGUCCCAUUGUUGUGUCGAGUCGUGUGUGUUUUGUUGGCUUGUUUCUGUUGCGAAGCCGUCGAGGCAGACCGCCAAUUCCUCCAUAUCUUUAUCCACCACAACCACAACUAUAACUAUCUCUCUCUCCCGCUUCCCAACAAGCGACCCGCCUCUCUCAACAACAACACCCUCGCUUUGAUAGCUGCCCCCUUCCCCCCGUCGCAGUCAAUCGCUCCUGUCCAUCGUUGCUUGCCUUUCCAGCUGCACGUUUGACGUUCUGCUUGCAUUUUUACACCCAUUGCUAUCUUUAAAGCGCCGGUUCUUCACCUUGUCAACAUGGCCACCACUGCACGACCCCAGAACCCUGUCCUGAGGAGGACUGUCACCACCGACUCUGUCCCUUCCUCCUCCGCUCCCUCGGUAUCAGUCUCUCCCGUCGAUUCUCCUACUCAAUCGGCUUCCUCUACAUCGCUCUCCUCGCUUGCUUCUGAGGAUGCCCCCGUCAAGAACACCCGCGGCAAGCUCCUCGAUACCUACGGCAACGAGUUCGAGAUCCCCGACUACACCAUCAAGGACAUCCGCGAUGCCAUUCCUCCCCACUGCUUCGAACGUUCCGCCGCCCGAAGCUUGUUCUACGUCUUCCGUGACAUCUUCAUGCUCGGUACCUGCUUUACCGUUUGCUACAACUUCAUAACCCCCGAGUAUGUGCCCUCGUACGCUGCCAGGACCGCAUUGUGGGCUGCGUACACCGUCUUCCAGGGCUUGGUCGGUACCGGUCUCUGGGUCCUUGCCCACGAGUGCGGCCACCAGGCCUUCUCCCCCUCCAAGACCCUCAACGACACCGUCGGCUGGAUCUGCCACUCUGCUCUCCUCGUCCCCUACUUUUCCUGGAAGAUCUCCCAUGGCAAGCACCACAAGGCCACCGGCCACAUGGAGCGUGACAUGGUGUUCGUCCCCAAGACCAGGGAGUUGUAUGCCACUCGCGUCAGCAGGCUCGUCCACCAGAUCCACGAAUUGACCGAGGAGACUCCCCUUGCCACUGCCAUCCACCUCUUUGGCCAGCAGAUCGCUGGCUGGCAAUUGUACCUCUUUGCCAACGUUACCGGACACAACUUCCACGAGCGCCAGCCCGAGGGCAAGGGCAAGGGCAAGGGCAACGGAUUCUUCGGUGGCGUCAACCACUUCUUCCCUUCCAGCCCCAUCUAUGAGAAGAAGGACGAGCAUCUCAUCCUCCUCAGCGAUCUCGGUCUUGCCAUCACUCUCGGUUUCGUUUGCUGGGUCGGCAAGAACUUCGGCUGGACGAACAUUUUCGUCUGGUACGUCAUCCCGUACUUCUGGGUCCACCACUGGCUAGUCUUCAUCACCUACCUCCAGCACACCGACCCUCAGCUCCCCCACUACGAUGCUAAGACCUGGACCUACACCCGUGGAGCCGCUGCCACCAUCGAUCGUGAGUUUGGCUUCAUUGGCCGCACUUUGUUCCACGGCAUCAUCGAGACCCACGUCCUCCACCACUACAUCUCCAGCAUUCCUUUCUACCAUGCCGACGAGGCCACCGAGGCCAUCAAGAAGGUCAUGGGCAAGCACUACCGCUCCGACACCAAGGAUGGUUCCAUCGGUUUCUUGAAGGCCAUCUGGAAGAGCGCCCGUAUGUGCCAGUGGGUCGAGCCCAGCCUCGAGGCCGAGGGUGAGGGCAAGGGCGUCCUCUUCUUCCGCAACAGGAACGGUCUCGGUACCGCUCCCUUGAAGAUCGCUGCCCCUGUCCCCAAGGCCACCGCCGGACAGAAGGCCAAGAUGGCCAUCGGUGCCGACAGCGAUAACGAGUAAAGCUACAACAUGACGUUUAUGUUUCCGAAUGAAUGGUGCCCCCCGUCUCCAAAUGGACCGACGUGCCCGUUCUCCUGCAUUAGAAGUGGAGUUUGAGGUUUCUUUGCAGCCGUGUCAAGCACUCUGGCAAUAAUGACAUCUGAUGUUUCUUGUUCUGCGCCUCCCUCUCUGACUUUUCUUCUUUUCUCAUUCUGGCGUCAGAAGCCAAGCGUUUGUGUGCUUUCAGGCUUGUAUAGUAUAGACCACUAUAUCCCCCCUGACGAUGAUUCGGGCUGGUUGGCUUCGGUUUGUAGACCCUUCGGGCGGAGUUUAAAAAACAAGACCCCCUUUAGAUUAAAAGACAGAUCAAAACGAAAAGAGAAAAAAAAUUCCAAGUUUACAAAAAGUUCA